GCCCAGGGAGCUCCCGUGGGCGGGCCCUCGCGCCCUUUCCUUCAUGAGGUCUAGGAACGUGGCCUGCGUUCCUUCCUGGGAGGGCCUGCCCCGCCUCUAAAAUCCGUGGCGGGACUGGCAUUGUCUCGGCUGCCUUCUUCUGGGAGUCUGGUAGCAAGUUGGACAGGAGAGCGGGAGACGCCCGGGGCAAGUUUGUCUUUGUCCGACGGCCCGGCCGGGGAGAUUUCGCUGGGGAGGCUGCCGAAGCCGGAGGAUCCCUGAGCGGACAUCCUCGGGCGGGCUGGGAGAGGUGGGUGGCGGGACCGGAGCACGUGGGAAGACUCCGGGGAAGCACCUGCACAAGCGGGUCCGCCCGAGCUCCGUCUCCAGCCUUGGUUUUCCUUUGUCGGGCAGCUCCAGCGAGAGCCGCGACGGCGGCGAAGAGCCUUGUUGGAUCCGCCUGGCGCGUUGGGUUCGCUGAGGCGGAAGCGACCUGGACUGGGGUCCGGUUCCCUGAGGCACGAGGGGCCCCGGAGUGGCAUCAUCGGCCUGUCGGAGCCCCACUGAUGAAUCCAUCUCGGCCUCCAGCGAUGGCUGCUGAAAAGUUUCGCAUUCAGGAGUCAACUGCAUUUGAAGCAGUAACUGUGUAUCUCACGGAGGAAAUUCAAUUUGAUUUUGAUCCGUACCUGUUCGCCCUCAGUGGGAGUAACCUACAACAGUAUUGCACCUUGCUGUCCUGGUUAGAAAUGCGGAAUCACAAGUCAGAACUCACCUUGGAGACAGAAGAAGGUAUCGCAACACCCCUCUCAUUGGUCCACGUUGUGGAGGAAUUUGGGACAUCUCCACGCUUAUACCAAGGUGAUGAGGCAGCACAAACCAAACAGCAAGCAAACCUUAUGCCCCUGGUGAGGCUGCAGUAUAAUUUUGCCCAAGAAGCUAAUCUGCCAACCAGAAGCAGCGAGUUCUUCCCGACCAGUGAAAAUGUCAGCCUGUUCCCUGAGCUGCCCAGAGUCCACCCCAAUGCAAAAGAGCCCAUUCAAGAGUGCAGCGCAGCUUUUCCACACCAAGGGGGCACUUUGCAUGCCAAUGCCGCCUAUGCAGCACUCAAGCAACAUGGCAGUGGGGUUUUUCCCCUGGGUUGUGAGCAGGAUAACCCUCAGGAUGCUGUCAGAUUCAGUGGGGUUGCAGGAGAUAGUUCGCAAAAAGGUCAUCCCAGUGAGAGGUCACACCCGGAGAAGAACAGCCACCCCAGGAACAACGUUGAGGCAAACGUUAGCAAGCUGCCAACUUCUGCGGUUUGUGAAGAAACAUGUGCUGGAGAGCCACCCUGUGUGGGUUCUAAUCCUGCAGUAAACCAUCUCAACCCCGCCCCUGUUGACCAUCAGCAGGUCUCCCCUAAAGACCUCCCCACCUUCCGAUGUCCCACUUGCAGCCACCCUUUUAAGUGCAGCAUUGAAAGUCUCGUGGGGCAGGAAGUCAGUGCCACCAACAGGUGGAAGAGGCUCUUCGGCCAGCUUAGCCUCAGCUCCCUUUCUAAAAAAGGGGCCAGCAAGGUGGAGAAGCCCUUUAAAUGCCCCGAUUGUGGGAAGGGCUUCCUUCACCGGUCCAGCAUCCCCAGGCACCAGAGGCUCCAUAAGAAAGAGAACUCAUCUCCCAAUUCUGGGCAGCGCGUGCCCUACCAGUGCUCCAAUUGUGAGACCAGGUUUGCAGUGAAGUCGGCGGCAGCCAAGCUGCAGAGGCUGCAUGAGAAGGACCAGCAGUUCAGGUGCCUCUUCUGCGAUAAGAGCUACAGCCAGAAGAGCCAUCUGAAGAGGCAUGAGCAGCAGAAGCACCAGGAGACUCCCUGA